AAUACUUAUCAUGGAGUACCUGUGGCGUGGUGACUUGCUGGGUUACCUCAGAAAAUCCAGGGGGGUUUUCGACCACUAUCAUCGUGGGGUCGGAAGAGUCGACCACUUGACAACAUAUGACAUGGUGCUGUUCGCUAAACAGAUCGCACAUGGUAUGACUUUUCUCGCGUCCAGAGGGAUUAUUCAUCGCGAUCUUGCAGCUCGCAACAUCCUCCUCGAUGAGCAUCGUGUAUGCAAGUUGACUGAUUUUGGGCUCUCUUAUCAGGAUUUCAAAUACGGUACAGGAAAUGCUAAGAAGGGAUGUAUCCCAGUCAAAUGGAGUGCACCCGAGAUUCUGAUUGGCCAUGUGGAACGGCUCUCAACCAAAAGUGAUGUGUGGUCUUAUGGCAUAGUCCUGUUUGAAAUCUUCACAAUCGGUACUCAAUUCACUUAUUUGAUAGUUUACUUUCAGAAAAUAUACUCGCCGAAAUUGCUUGCACAAUUGCCAUUUGAAAGGUUAUACCAUGAGCAGCUACAGAAGCAUUGCAUGAUAGAGAAAGACAAAAAUCCUCUAAGAGAAAACGAAAAGGACUGUUUGAAUGUUUUCGUGCUGAGUCAGAUUGUUGACUUUAAUACGACAUAUGUGGAUAUCGUGGACAUGGACAAGUAUGAUUACGAUAAGUACAAGUUUAUCGAUGAUCGUGGAGCUGUUGCAAUCCGAGAAGAUGCAGGACCAGAUGAGCAAGGAGCAGCUUCCGCAAAUCCCAACCGUGAGGUGGGUGAACACGGUGCUAUUGCACAUCCUUUUGUGGUUGAAAUAGACGAUGGCGCUACAGCUUUCCCUCUCACAAUUAGCGUAGAAGACGAAGGAGCAGCUGCAGCAAAUCCCGACCGAGAAGUGGGUGAACACGGUGGUACUGCGCAUCCUUUUGUGGUUGCAAUAGACGGCGGUGCAACAGCUUUCCCCUUCAGAGUAUCAUUCUAG